UGUUCAGACUCCUUAGUCACGGAGGUCAGAGGUCGCGCCAUUGCCUCUCAGUUCAGCGCAGAUAUGAUCACCAUCGAGCCGUCAUGGCUAUCCGCCGCGAGGACAUCAACCCCUGGGAGAGGAGGGCGCCGCUCGCACCGAAACACGUCAAAGAGCUGACCAACGCCGGAGUCAAAGUGCUGCUGCAGCCGUCCAAUCGGAGAGCAAUACACGAGAAGUACUACUUGAGGGCGGGUGCCGUGGUGCAGGAGGAUCUUUCCGAGGCGUCUCUGAUCAUCGGGGUGAAACGACCCCCCGAGGAGAAGAUUAUCCCCAGGAAGACGUACGCUUUCUUCUCCCACACCAUCAAAGCUCAGGAGGCCAACAUGGGGCUGCUGGAGGACCUGCUGAGCAAGGUGAGGGUCUCCAAACAUCCAGAAAAAGGGUCUCCAAACAUCUAG